GUGCUUACAGCAAUGUCUCGUUCCCUUCAUCUCAGGGUUAGAUGUGUCUCUAGGUUACAUGUGUACAGUAACACAUGUAGACGUUUUGCUGCUUAGGAAAGCCCCAUUCUUAUAGUGCUGCUGUCACUUUAAGAGAUGAUGUAAUGUGUUAAGUUUGUUUUAGCUCUCCAGCUGAUCAGCCCGAAGAAGCGCUGCUUGGUGCAGGAGACUCUCUCGGAGGAUGGAGUUUUUCAUAGGAAACCCCUUUUCUACACAUGUGGGUCAACUUAUAGAACAUGCCACCAGUUCUUCUCUCCCAUCAGAAGACUGGGGCCUCAACAUGGAGAUCUGUGACAUAGUCAACGAAACAGAGGAUGGGCCUAAAGAUGCAAUAAGAGCAAUAAAGAAGAGGAUUUUGGGAAACAGGAAUUUUAAAGAGGUUAUGCUAGCAUUGAGUGUACUGGAGGCCUGCGUUAAGAACUGCGGCCACAAAUUUCACAUCUACAUCUCCACCAGAGACUUUGUGGAAAACGUUUUAGUCCAGACCCUCCUGCCUAAAAACAAUCCUCCAAUGAUUCUUCAGGACAGAGUGCUGAGCAUGAUACAGGCGUGGUCUGAUGCCUUUCGUAGCUGUCCAGAUCUGACGGGUGUUGUGACCGUGUAUGAGGAUCUCAGGAGAAAAGGAGUGGAGUUUCCCAUGACAGAACUGAAUGGAUAUUCCCCUAUUCACACUCCCGAAAGGAGCGUUGACACCAUGUCUCCGGUAACAGCACAUGCAGAACAGCACCCAGUCAAAGCCUCACAACCACAGAAUACAGAGACUCCCCUCACAUUGUCACCUCAACAGAGUAAGCAGUUGAAGGCCGAAAUGGAGGUGGUACGAACUAAUCUUUCUGUGAUGUCAGAAAUGAUGUCACAGAUGGAACCCGGAAGCAUUCAGCAUUCCGACACAGAACUGCUGCAGCACCUCUACUCCAUGUGCAAAGAUAUGCAAGGCCGAAUGGUGGACCUCAUACCCAGGCUGACCGAUGAAAAACUUACAGAGCAGUUACUGAUGGUCAAUGAUGACAUGAACAAUACCUUUGAACAAUAUCACAGAUUUGAAGGACAUCUGAACAGACAGAGCAAUGCAGAAUCUAGCCCAGUUUACUCAAACCUCAUUGACUUGGGUGCUGCUUUGGAAACUCCAAACCAGUCUAAGGCAGCAAAUACUGCUCAUAGUGCAAUUAGCCAAUCAACAGUCAACACACUGUCCAAUCAGAUGGCAGGGUUGGGCACAAAGGAUGACUUCAAAGUUAAUAAAAGCAGCUCAUUGCAAAAAAGUCCAGAAAACUCUUCCGCACUGGCUGCUACACAAAGAAAGCGACAGGAAAUUGGAGCGGAUGAAACUGUAGACUCCACCUCCCUCAGCAGCUCACCUCAGUUUCUUUGGAUGGUUGAAAAGGGAAUGAUCCCAGUCGAUCAGAGUGAAGUGAUGGAUGAUAUUGAGCAAUGGCUUGACGUGGAUGAUGAAGAUGACUCUGAGGGAGUGACAAGUGAAGAGUUUGACAAGUUUCUUGCAGAAAGAGCAAAAGCAGCUGAUCGUCUUCCAUCAGUAACGACAUCUCCACAUGACCCCAGCCGUUCUCAACCAUAGUACUGUACUUUACUGUACAUCUGUACUGGAUUUACAUCUCUAGAACAACUAUUAACCUGUUAACAUUGUCCAAUAUUGUAUUUCGCACAUAUUUUCAGUUCACAUCCAUUUGUUCACUUUUCAGUUUGUUUAUAGUAUUUUUGGUUCAUCCACGUUCGGUCUCUUUAUCAAACUAAUAUUACACUAGUUCUGAUUUUGCACAUGUAUCUUAUGAAAUGUGUUUUAUAACUAGACACUAAUUGCUGUGGUACUGAAAACACUUAAAAUAAUGGAGAAUGUCCCUCAUGGUGAAGAAUGAAGAACGUAUUAUUGAUCUUUAUUAAAGAUCUUGAUUGGUGAGUUUAAAGGGAUAGUUCACCCAAAAAUGUUAUUCUCUCAUUAUUUACUCACCCUCAUGCCAUCCCAGAUGUGUAUGACUUUCUUCUGCUGAACACAAAUUAAGAUUUUUAGAAUGAUAUUUCAGCUCUGAAAAGAAAUGUCCAGAAAUGUGAAGCUCCAAAAAGCACAUAAAGGCAGCAUAAAAUUACUCCAGUGGUUAAAUCCAUGUCUUCAGAAGUGAUGUGAUAGGUGUGGGUGAAAAACUAUAAAUCUCAUUUUGUUUAUGCUGUUUUGCAUUAUUUGUGCAUAUUGCCACCUACAGGGCAGGUUGAAGAAUUUAUUGUAAAAAAAAAAAAAGGACCUAAAAAUAUAUCUGUUUCUCACCCACACUUAUGUGGCUUCUGAAGAUAUAGAUUUAACCACUGGAUUCUUAUGGAUUUGUUUUAUGCUGCCUUUAUGUGCUUUUUGGACCUUCAAAAUUCUGGUCACCAUUCACUUGCAUUGUAUGGACCAACAGAGCUGAAAUAUUCUUCUAAAAAUCUAAAUUUGUGUUCUGCAGCAGAAGAAAAAAAGUCGUACACAUCUGUGAUGUCAUCAGGGUGAGUAAAUGAGAGAAUUUUCAUUUUUGGGUGAACUAUCCCUUUAAAGCUGUUGUAUUUAUUUACACUAAAUGUAUUACAGUUUUGAAUGAGGUGGUCUAACAGUGAGAAAAGUGUGAAAUAUAAUGUUCUUAGGUUACGUAUGUUGUGCAGGCUACUGACAGGAGUAAUGUUUGUGUUUGUAAUAAUUGAUUAAAAGCCCUUAACAGUUCAUUUAAGGGGUUGUGUUACAGUAAAAUAAUGGUUAUUUGGAAGUAAUUGUAUCCCUAAUCACUUAUUAGGGAUACAAUGCACAAAGUAAAUAAGUAAUGUAUUAUAUAAGUUAUUCUAUUAAAAUAUAUUUUCAGCAAAGGCCAGAUGAGUGUUGAAGACAUGAAUGAAGCCCAUUUGCAUGUGUCGUCCUCUAGUGUAACACACAUGCAUCAACAUGCAUAAAAAUGCUGCAACUAUCAUUUCUUUUAUACCACACUCUGAGAGGUAAGUGUGCACUAACAGAAGUUCCCUAUGGUUUACUGUGUGUGGUGGGGCAAGUGGCAAACUAUUGGGCUACAUUUCACAGGAUACAAAAGUUACUUUUUUUAAGAAACGUCGAGCUGCCAACUGAAUAGUUUACAGUAUAAGUACUUUACAAUAAAAAUGAGUGAGACGAUGAAAUCGGAAUGGUGCAUUAUGGAUCACGUGACAAAUGUAGAUCUAUUUUAAAAGCGUUUUCCAAUGUUCCAAAUUAAUCCCUAUAUAAAUUAACUAUUUGCGGAAAUCCCACUUAAAAAUUACCUCCAAAUUUCUUGCAUGUUCAGGGAGUCAAUCAUACUGCUGAUACAUCCAGUCAUCUAUUUAUCUGUCAUUACACUCCAGUUUAAAUUAUUACAAAUCUGAUUUUCUUUUCAGGAAAGAGAUCAUUUGAUGAUAUAGCCUUCUCCAUGGGGUUUCAAACUGUGGGCCAUGGAGGGUGUUAGGUAGAGGUAUGACUCUGUCAGGUGGUAAUGACUCAGGAAGACAGAUCCAGGUUGAUAUGGGUUUACUUCAAGACUUAGGAAUAAGGAAACAGCAAUCAGCACGUGGCAUACAGUGAUACGGAGAAAGACAUUUAAAGGGACGCCAAGUGUCGAGAGGGAGAGAGUGGAUCCAGAAAGCUCCACAGAGUGUGAUAUUGUUUUGUUUAUGUUUACAUUUCUACGGCGGUGACCGUCGUAUGUUCGUGAAAGAAAUUAAAGUGCUGAUUUCAA